AUGGAGGAAAUUAUCCAGUCUUUGAUAGCAGGGAAAAUACAGGAGCUUUUAGUAAGCUGCGGUAUUGGUGACUGCAGCGAUGAGCCUAUCAAGCAACACAUCCUUGGCAUUUCUGACUAUGGUGAGACCCAGACUGCGGCUCGAGCGACUAUCUCCGCUGACAAGCAUAGUCCGCGAAAUGCGGCUGCAGCUAGUCCGAACCCCGAUGCAAAGCGUGGCUCUUACCGGUUACUUCCCACGCAUGAUAAGCGAGGCAGAGUGGACUACUCUGGGCUAGAAACGCCUUCUCAUAAGAAGAAAAGAAAGAGCAGAGGCAAGGUGAAGGACAAUACUACCCUCAAAGAUAUGCCGCAAGGGGUGAAUUACGCCGUGUCACCCCUAGGAGGCGGACCAACAGAGUCUCCGUUGACGGAUGAAGAGAGCACAACGGUGAAUUUCCCUCGGGCCGGGACACCCUUGACGGACAUGAGCACCUCUCGCUCUAAAGAACCGCGGCACAGUAUUGUCGAAAACAUACUUGUCAACUGUAUAAAACUUAAUGACCCUCUUGGAAGGUACGGGCACCGUUCAAAGCAGGCAAAUAUUACAACGAAGGUUGAGGAGAUCCAGAGUUUUGUGGAUGGAAUAGUCAAGCUGCAAUAUACCGAUGCAGUCCAGCUAAUUAAACAGGAGAAUGCAUUUUCCGCAAGCCAAGGUAUCCAGUCUCGAUUUAACGAGACCGUCUAUUGGGAAAUAAUCAAGAAAGGCGCGGACCUCCUUGACCCAAAGGAUUUGCCAACCUCUAGAGGCCCUCUCGAUGAAUUCACGAUGGCAGAGAAGGUCGCCACUGAGCGCUUCAUGAGGGAAGCAGGCUAUGGGCUUAGCCUCGCUAAUCAACGGCAGUGCCGUCUUUUCUGGAAACGGUUGUUCCAGAUGCGUAACGCGGGUGCUGACAAGAUCCUCUUAUACCGCACAAAAGAAUUCGACCGCUUCUGUAAAAGCUAUUCAUCAGAAGCUGGGGCUGCUUUGGUAGAGAUGGUCCGGCUCUGGGAAGAAAAGUAUGGCUUCUAUAUCAAACAACUGGAAGAACGGGUUGCCGAAGAGAGCAAGGGCGAUUUGACAGGAAGACUGUGGCUGAGCCAGCCGUUUGUAGCGGACAGGCUCAAUGUUUCAGAAAUUGAAUGGAACAGCGCUAUCAACCGGUGGUCCUCAAGUGUAGAGGAGACAGUCUUUCAAUUGAGCGGAUCACACGAGCCAUCAGCUACAUCGCUCGGUGGGUUUUUUGACUUGCAGCCAAAGGCAGAAACAACGCGGAACAAGUCUAUCUUUGUCACCAUGCAACCCAAAGAUGAUGUCUUUCUCAUGGUUUGCCCUACCAUUACCGUCCAGGAGGGAGACAUUCUUGGGGGAUUUGCUGGAGAAAUUCGGUACUCUUCUGAUUGUAAUGCCGUCUACGGAAUACCUGGUCCUGAAGAAAAUCUUUGGCUAGAUUACUCCAUGGUGAUGGGAGUACUCAACUUUAUGAACGUAUCAGCUCCUGGAGGUGACUCUAACGUUCGUCUUCAGUGGGACCUCAUCGAUGAACGCAACGAAGGAGAGGCGCAUCUCCUAUGGAGAGUCACAGCUGUUGCUCUUCGAGAAAUUCAACCAUUUGAAGAACUUGUUCGUGCUGCUCCUCGAAAAGAACAAUAUCUCCUGCACCGGUCGCCGGGUUGCGCAAAGCGAGGAUAUACGAAGUACCGGAGCUCCUGA